AUGGCUGAGACCGGACUACGAUCUCGAGAACACUCGCGACGCCUUUCUCUUGAUCCAUGUCAUCGAGAAGAACGAACACUGCAACCACCGUAUUCUCGACCAGAAUCUUCUUCAUAUCUGUUUAUAUUAAUGAAUAUGUAUGUUUUCAACUCUAACUCCAUGGACAAGAAAACCACAUUUACACUAAAUGGCAAUUUGGCUAUUUCUCUCAAAUUUCCUAAACCAAUUUCUCUAAAGAAGUCCAACAAAGCCGUUUCCACCAUCAACAGGCCCGUAGAGAAAGAAAAAGAUGAAGCUAAUACUAGAAUUCAUCUCGGAGGAGUGGAGAAUCUCAACAACCUCUUCAACCUAGACUUAAUCAAACUAUUAUUCAGAAAACGUCGCUCACUCAGUCUGACGAGAAAUCGCCACCUCUUUCUGGUAUGUGGAAGUCAUUUCUACUUUGAUAGAAUACGACUUGACCAAAAUCCUUCACAGUAUGGCCAAGCCUUUACCCCAUUAAGAUCGAGCAUAAUCGACAAAUAA